CCUGCGGGCAGGCAGAACCUUAAGGACAGAGGGAGGCAACCCUAAGUGCCGCAGGCUGGGCUCCUGUUGGGUAGGAGUCCGGUCACAUGUUGCUGUUCGACACGCUCCUGGGUCAGCCUCCUGUCUGACGCCCUCCCUGUCGCUGCCUCCCUCCCGCCCCUCAGCUCGGCUCGGCUCGGCUCGAGGAUCAGCGGCAGCAGCGGGAGAGCUGCCUAGCGGCGGGAGGCGGCGGACCGAGCCCGAGCGGAGCCCGCACCAUGGUGCUCUCGGUGCCUGUGAUCGCGCUGGGCGCCACGCUGGGCACGGCCACCAGCAUCCUUGCGCUGUGCGGGGUCACCUGCCUGUGCCGGCACAUGCACCCCAAGAAGGGGCUGCCGCCGCGGGACAGCGAGCCCGACCCGGAGAAGGCGAGACCCGGGGUGCUCCAGCCGGCCCAACAGUUCAACGUGAAGAAAUCCACGGAGCCCGUCCAGCCCCGUCCCCUCCUCAAGUUCCCGGACAUCUAUGGCCCCAGGCCAGCCGUGACGGCUCCGGAGGUUAUCAACUACGCAGAUUACACACUGGGCACCACGGAGGAGGCUGCUGCGCCCAUCAGCCCUCAGCCCCUGAGUGACAGUCGCCUCAAGAGGCAGGUCACCGAGGAGCUGUUCAUCCUUCCUCAGAAUGGUGUGGUGGAGGAUGUCUGCGUCAUGGAGACCUGGAAUCCAGAGAAGGCCGCCAGCUGGAACCAGGCCCCCAAACUCCACUACUGUCUGGACUAUGACCGGCAGAAGGCUGAACUCUUUGUGACUUGCCUGGAAGCUUUGACCAGUGACCACGACGGAGGCUGUGACUGCUAUGUGCAGGGCAGCGUGGCCAUCACGACAGGGUCCGUGGAGGCCCAGACGGCCCUGAAGAGGCGACAGCAGCACACAGCCUGGGAGGAGGGCCUGGUGCUGCCCCUGGCAGAAGAGGAGCUGCGUACAGCUGCCCUGACUCUCACCCUCAGGACCUGUGACCGCUUCUCCCGCCACAGUGUGGCCGGGGAGCUCCGCCUGGCCCUGGAUGGGGUGUCCGUGCCCCUGGGGGCUGCCCAGUGGGGCGAGCUGAAGACCUCAGUGAAGGAGCCGUCUUCGGGGACUGGAGAGGUCCUCCUGUCCAUUAGCUACCUCCCGGCUGCCAACCGCCUCCUGGUGGUGCUGAUCAAAGCCAAGAACCUCCACUCCAACCAGUCCAAGGUGCUCCUGGGCAAGGAUGUCUCAGUCAAGGUGACCUUGAAGCACCAGGCUCAGAAGCUGAAGAAGAAGCAGACGAAACGGGCCAAGCACAAGAUCAACCCUGUGUGGAACGAGAUGAUCAUGUUCGAGCUGCCUGACGACCUGCUGCGGGCCUCCAGUGUCGAGCUGGAGGUGCUGAGCCAGGAUGAGGCUGGGCAGAGCUGCACCCUCGGUCAUUGCAGCCUGGGCCUGCACACUUCCGGCUCAGAGCGCAGCCACUGGGAGGAGAUGCUCAAAAACCCGCGCCGGCAGAUUGCCAUGUGGCACCAGCUGUGCCAGUAGCCGGGCCCCUUGCGGGGACACGGGCCCCUCCUCCAGCCCCAGCUGUCCCGUGCAACCUCCUCUGUCCCCACCCUCAUUCUGAGACAGACUGGGACCCGCGCUUCCUCUCUGGCCACACUCCUGUUUCGAAAGGGCAAGUGUGGAAAUGGGACAUCGGGUCGCACAAGGAGAGCACCUUGCUCCUCUGUGCUAUGGGAAGAGCUGUCUACCAGACAAUCCUGUGCAGGACUUGCAAGUGUGGGAAGCCAGAUGCAGGGGGAGCUUAAUUCAGGGAAUUGUGGAUGCAAAGAGGUUCCUAAAAAUAAGUAUUGCAACAAGAAUGAAGGAGAAAUGAUCCUGGAUCAACUCAAAGAGUUAGAAGUGGUCUGGGUGGGAUGAAACCAACCCCCCGCCAAGCAGCUGUAGGACGUUAGUGUGUAGAGACUCACCCGCCAGCUCCUGGGCCGCCAGUGAGUUCCAGGUCAGAGAUUCGGGCCAAGCCUCUUCCUCAGUCCUUCUAAGCACUGAGAGAUUCCAAGGCAGAGGUGGGAGGACGUGGAGGGGUUCUGUCUACAACAUUCUACGUGGGCUUUCAACCUCCGUCUGCUAUGGGGCCCCAACACCUGGAGGCAGCGACCCCAACCCUGGGCACCUCAACCCUGUGUGUGAACUCAAAGCCUCCAUUUUUGAUUUAACUCUUAAUGUUGAAAUGUGUGCUUUUUCCAGGUCCUGCUCUUGGGCUGCAUUUUGUGAUUUUUAUUGAAGGACUGUAUUGUUUUAUCUUGAAAUUGGCUUAUAUUGUGUGUGAGGAGACCUUCUUCCACAAAGUAUAGGUGGGAUCCUCACUCUGUUGGUUAUUGGGCUGGAUUCUGAGCAUUAGUUGUCACAUCUACCAGCAUUACCAAAGUGACCCUGUGCAACAGAUCCAUUCCUUCUCUGCAUUCCAGCUGCUUCCGGAGGAAGUUAAUUAUGAACUUGGUCUACUCCAUUUGGCUGCAGGAACAUGGAGAGGAAAGACAACUUUAUAAAGGAGUGAGGUCUUUUGCAGACAUGCCUCCCUCCCUGGGUUUGGGGGUCCUUAAAACUUUAACCAGUAAAUAGCUAGCAGCUAGAUUUUUACUUUCUACCUGUUAUUCCCAAAUCAUUGUCCCCACUGUGAUUAAAUCUACAUGAAGGUGGUCAUACUACUCAUCAGGAACUGGAUUGCUGGGUUCUGCUGCUCUCACUGCCCUUCACAAGCUUAAUGUGGCCAUCUGUCAAGUAGGGCUAACAUCCUGGGAUCUUAUCUGUGUGCAUGAUAUGGUAGGUGAGAAAGUGUUCAAAAGUUGAAGGUAUUCCUCAGCUAAGAACAAACUCCGAGACCACUAGCAGGUCACCUUUAAGCUAGGUUACUGUCUUUCACGUCAAGCUGGGAGCUGAGAAUGCCUAGAAAGUGUCAGACCUGCUCAAAUAUUUCCAGAACCAUGGAUUCUGCAUUUGAACUUCUUUCUAUUAAUAGUCAAACUCUGGGCCCUCCGAUGUCAGCCCCAUUCUCUGAUGGAAGGGAGGAUUCCUGGAUGAGCUGUCUAAGCAUCAUUCUUCUUAAAUUCAGUUGUUCUCGGCCUCUCCUUGAGCAGAGCCUUCAUACUCUUUUGUCAUUAUUUGCUCUUUCUAUACAGAAAUGGGAAAGCACUAGAAAUAACUUCUACCCACUCUGUGGAAACAGAAAAAAAUAUAUAAUCCCUCUUUAAUGGGCAGGUCUUUCAGAUAAUUGGAAACCUUGAUCUUUCAGGUUGACCCACCCUUGUUCCAAGUGUUUUUUCAAAGGUGCAGUAUUGUCUUUGGUUUCCAAAAAUGUGUUUCUGAGUUCACCCUCUCUGCCCUGGUCUCUUCUUUUUGGUUGGCAUGGCAAAAAGAGAACAAAAUAUUCCCCAGGUCACCUGAAAGCUGGCCAGCAUCUUCUUUAACAUGCGCUAUCUAGAAACAUGAGUUCCACUUCCCUAUAAAUCAAAGCACUGCUUAUAGUCCCACCAAAGAACAUUUGAAGAGUGCUGGACAGGGCCCCCUGGCCCAGAGCAUCAAUGCCACCCAAAGUCAACCCAUUCAUUUCUUUGGAUCUCAAAGGUUUAGUUUUCCAGAAUGAAAGCUAAAGGCUGCUCCUGAUAGGGGUCACAUUAUACCAUAGGACAUUUUAGGUGCCAUUGUCACCCCACUUGGCAGAGAGGCACAGAAAUGGCAUAGGCUCUGCAGGGGCCUCAUUUGGAUGUUCACUGGUGGAUUCCAAAUGCCUAGGAUAAAGCUGUCUUAUGGGGCUCCAACAGGGCUUGCUGGAUGAAUGAAUGAAUGAUGGGAGAGGUGUCACCAGAAAAGGACACAGCACAUGGCAGAACAAGGAGAGCCCUGGCUGAGUUGACAAUGGUAAAGAUGUCAGUUGACUCAACAGUUAGCCUGGAAAUUCAUGACAUUGAGUAUUAGCAUUCACUCAACAACAGUCAAAGGUCUCCAUGUAAAUGGAUUUAACAAAAAAGAGAAUAUAAUUGCCAUACUUUCCCACCCAAACUCCAUUCUGGUGAAUUUUAAAUUACCCAAAGAUGUCAGACUGCCAAAUCAAAAAAUUUUGGUAAUCUUUGCCUCGGUUUACCUUGUACCAGACACACUUGCAAUUUACCUUUUAAUUAGAGUGAUGAAGUCUGUGUGAACAUAUUUGAUAAUUUUUGAAAGGGUUACCUUGUUCUAUGUAGGGAAGCAUUUUCUAAGAAAGGUGUGAAGCAGAGGUAAAAACAAAGAGUCUGUUUCAGGCUGGGCUGUCACCCAAGAGGGGACCUGUUUCUUUCUUAGAGACAGCCACGGGCUUGGAGGAUUAAGGAUCCACCUUCAUUUGUUGGUGACUUCACUUCUUGAGCCAUCAGUCUGUACUUGUUGAGUCCUGUUCCUCAAGACUUUGCAUGUGUCUGUCCCUUCCAAUUUCAGAUGUGACUCUUGGUCUGGGUUGUGUGACAAACCACCCUAAUUGAAGCUAGGCAGAGGGAGUGGGGGGAACAGGAGUGCUGUUCUUUGGGACCACUUGGAAAGGAGUCCUGGAUGGAAGGUGGAUGCAGCCUAAGCCAAAUGGACAAGGUGAGGACAGGGAAAAGAGACCUAGUCCUUGUGAUUUGUUGCUGCCUUUGCUGUUUCCUGUUGUCAAUUGCUCUGUGUGUGUGUUAGUGUGUGUGUGUGUUUGUGUGUGUUUUGCUAUCAUGAACUGAAGCACAAAUAGAGGCAUGAGACAUUGUAGUCAUGUAUUCCGUGUCACACUCUGGAGCAAAACUAGUGCAGUGGUAAAUAAAUAACUUCCAACAGGGUCAGUA